CAGUCGCACCCCCGAUACCAAAUUCACCUUCCCAAUCAACAAAAUGGCUUCAUACGGUUAUGACGGUGGGGGGUUCCUUCAAGGAUCGCAAUCAAACACUCAGUCUCCUGGGGGUGGAAAGGCCAAAGCAGAAAGUACGCUCCGCCCAGUGACGAUCAAGCAGGCCAUGGAGGCCCACUUCCCACACUCGGAUGCAUCGGCCUACAUUCAGGAUGUCGAAGUUGCUCACGUUUCGUUUUGCGCUAUUGUCCGAGAAAUUGCUCGACAUGAUAGCAAUGUCUUAUUCAGGAUGGAAGAUGGUACCGGCACUGUCGAAGCACGGAAAUGGCGGGAAUCGAAUGAUGGAGAAACGGAGGGCUUGGACCCCGAAACAGGAGUUCAGGAACGUGAUUGGGUGAGAGUUGUGGGAAAAAUAAAUAACUUCAACUCCAAGAGAUAUGUGAACGCGUCUCGUAUCACAAAGAUCACGGAUUUUAACCAAAUCAAUUAUCACUAUCUAGACGCUAUGCGGGUCACUUUGGAAUACGAUAGAGGAUCCUCAGGUGGAAAUUAUAUGGCAAUUGACCACACCAAUGGAGGCGCCUCCAAUGUCGUCAAGCCCUCCGACCAGCACAAAAACUUGCCUCCCAAACAAGCAAAGAUCAUGUCCUACUUAGAAAGUCAAGAAUUGCCCGAGGCUGGUAUGCAUCUUGAGGACAUCGCUCACUCUUGUGCUAUGACACUCGAAGAUGUCACCGACGCAACCAAUCAGCUCAUAGCAGCCGGGGAACUGUUCACAACAUCUGAUGAUAACUAUGUUAGACCCACCAACUGACAAGUCAAAGUGUAAAAAUAUGACAUAAAUUCUUCAUUCCUUCUGGAUCAUGGCAUCGUUCCAUAGCAUCGAGAUAUGGCUCUCGAUAUAGUUCCUGCUUGAUAUAAUCCUUGUAAUAUCACAUUCCGCCUUGCAGUGCUGCAAUCCUAUAUAUAUGAAGGC